CCAGAACAUACAGCAUGGGACUGCCCGAUAGAAGUUCCCUCUUCCAGGAUUCACUAUUUCCUGGAAGUGGUGUCAUACCACCUCCACUUCCAAGGCGACAUUCCGCAACGACGCAGAAGGUCAUACAACCCGAAAGGAUAGCGGAAAUGUUGGAGAAAUUACCUGAAACGACGCCGACAAAUUUGGCCUCGUUGCCGAGUGUCAUCUGCUCGAGCCCUUCACCCAAACCCAUGAACGCCCAUCAGUAUGACAGCGUCUCUUCCAACAAUUUCAUUCAAACCAACUCGUCGGCUUAUAAGGUGAAAACCAUGGAUGCGUCGAUGCUCACGCAGGAGCACGUAGAUGGAAAUUUUUCAGAUAUUGCAAGUUCACCCGACGCGAAUUUUUGUGCUAUUCAAAUGAGUCCCACGCGUCAGCCUCGGCAAACCAGAACAUACAGCAUGGGACUGCCCGAUAGAAGUUCCCUCUUCCAGGAUUCACUAUUUCCUGGAAGUGGUGUCAUACCACCUCCACUUCCAAGGCGACAUUCCGCAACGCCUGCAGACGUAAGGCCACCGAUUCCAAAGCGCAGCAGAAACGAGCGACCUAUUCCUAUAAAAAAUCCACCUCAAUCCGAACUGCAAAGUCAGGGUGAUGAUGAAUGGCCCGUAUCAGCUUCCACGUCCAAUCACAGUACCACCAGAUCGUGGCUCAACACCGCAACAAACAUCAACGCUGAUCAAAAAGCCCUGAGAACUGCCCUGGAUCAGGUAUCGCGUGAUCUCACGAAAAAGCUUCAAAAAUUUAGUACCGUUAAAGGGUCCACGACUAUCGCAGCCAACCAGUCGAGCAAACAGUAUUACGGCUUAAAAACUAAUAGGUCAUUUAGAAGAAUCGAGAGAGGUCAGCGAUCACCUACAAAUAGAAGGCAACAACAGCAGCAGCAGCAGCAGCAGCAGCAGCAACAGCAGCAGCAGCAGCAGCAGCAGCAACGGCAAUCAAGAUUAGCCGACGAAGAGGAUGAAGAUAGCGAAAACAUCGGGCCUCGUCAGGUACAUAAUAAAUUUGCAGAAAUGCAAGCGGCAUCUAAAAGACUCGAGAGGAAACUACCAAAAUUGGAAAGGAGAUUUAAAAAAAGUGCUACCAACAUACAAGAGACAAAGAGCGCUGGCCAAUCCACGAGAAUAGUGGAAAAACUGCAGAAAUUGCCCAAGGCGACGCAAACGAACCUGCCACCACCAUUAAGUGUCAUCGGCUCCAACUCGGCGCCCAAAUCCACGAAUCCGCGCCAGGAUAGUAACGUCUCCUCCGACAGCUUCAGCCAAACGAGUUCCCCUGGUUAUACGAGCAAAACCAUGGAAGCACCUCUGCUCCCACACAAGCAUAGAAAUGGAAAAGUUCCCGGUAAUGCAUUGGGACUAACCCCGGAGCCGGAAAAUCCACCGGGAAGCCCAAUCACCAAAUCAAUGAGUACACCCGCGAGUCUGCAGACUAUUGUCAGAUUCCAGAACGGCAGCAAUAUGUCAUUACAUCACCGAAUCAUCAGAGAUAUUAGAAGACCAAGUAGUCAUUACGUAACUAGAGGGAGACUACGUUUUCGAUUCGCUCAAGUUUUAGUUAACGCAGUAGCACUUAUGGCAAUUGCUGGUGGUUUAGCGGCUUAUUUCAAAUCCUAUCCAGCGACUACAAUCAAGAUACCCAACGAGAAUAAAACAUUCUUAACGAGCAGUGGGGCAGCAGUUUUAUCAGAGCCAAUAUUAUCCAUCGCUGAAACGAAAAAUCCAGCACCCGGUAUAUGCUUACCUAUUAUCGUCGCCUUCUGCCAAGAUCAUAAGAUCCCAUACAAUUACACGGUGUUCCCGAAUUACAUGGGGAACUUCCGGCAGCGCGACGCUCAGCACGAGCUCGAGCUCUACGACGCCGUGAUCGACGUGCGAUGCUACGAGCUCGCGGCUCUCUUCUUCUGCAGCAUUUUCGUGCCCAAGUGCGGACCGAAGGGCGGCCAGGCCGUGAGGCCCUGCCGAAAUCUCUGCUUUGAAACCAAAAGACGUUGCGGCUUUUUUCUCGAAAUUUUCGGACUCACUCUUCCCGAGUACUUGGAGUGCGACAUGUUCCCGGAAAGUCCGGACCCAAAUGUAUGUGUGGGGCAUGAAGAAGUUAUCGAUGCUGAGAGACGAGCGGCGAAACCAGUCUGUCUAAGCGGCUUCCAAUGCGACGAGAAGCGCUGCAUACCCCUGGACUGGCGCUGCGACGGACACGUCGACUGCGAGGACCACACGGACGAGAUCGGAUGCGGCGAGUGCAGCGACAAGGAGCGCGCGGGUCUCGCCGCGAUCAGCUCCAAGGGCGGCAUCGACAACAGCGUCCUCCUCAAGAACGUCCUCGCCCAGGCAUCGCUGCAUUGCGGCGAGCGCAGGUGCAUGUCCGCCUCGCACGUAUGCGACGGAUUCACCGACUGUCCCUGGGCCCAAGACGAGCGUAACUGCCUUCGAUUGAGCGAGAGAAACGGCGACGUAGGACGAGGUCGUUUAGAAGUGUACCACGCUAAGGAAGGAAAAUUCAUGCCCGCUUGUAUUGCCCACUGGACACCAUCAACGGCCAAAAAUAUUUGCUCGCUCCUUGGUUACGAAGCUGUGAAUUCCUCGAACUUGCUGAUGUCGGAGAGUAACGUAACGAUAGUUCGGCCGGUGUUAGAAACCUCGCAACGAUGGCGGUUGGCUCAAACGAAUGAGGGAAACUUUCUUCAAGAAUCCCAACGAUGCAUCGAUCAAAAGGAUUAUUCUACUAUUGAUUUAAUCUGCACGGGAUAUGAGUGCGGGCGCAGACCUCGCGUAUUCGGCAACUCCAAAGCGCGCAAGAGGAUCGUCGGCGGGGUGGAGUCGGCACCCGGUGAUUGGCCCUUCCUCGCCGCUCUACUCGGUGGCCCGGAGCAGGUUUUUUACUGCGCCGGCGUUCUCAUCGCGGACCAGUGGAUCCUCACGGCCUCCCAUUGCGUUGGCAAUAAUUCGGAGGUCUCGGGAUGGACGAUACAAUUGGGCAUUACAAGGAGGCACGCCCAUACCUACCUUGGCAAAAAACUCAAAGUCAAGAGAGUCGUCCCCCAUCCUAAUUACAAUCUCGAAAUCGCUCACGAUAACGAUGUCGCUCUCUUUCAGCUGGAACGCCGAGUGGAAUUUCACGAGCAUUUGCGACCUGUUUGCUUGCCGACGGCUAAUAUCGAUUUGGCACCGGGAACAGUCUGCACGGUUAUUGGUUGGGGUAAAAAGGAGGAUACCGAAACGUCGGAGUACGAACCAGCAGUGAACGAAGUCAGCGUGCCAAUUCUUGGCAGAGAAGUUUGCAACUCAUGGCUACUUCACAAAGAGCUGAAUGUUACCGACGGGAUGAUCUGCGCCGGAUAUCCCGAAGGCGGUAAAGAUGCCUGUCAGGGAGAUUCGGGUGGUCCUUUACUCUGUCAAGAUAAAAACGAUAAAGAUCGAUGGUUCGUUGGUGGGAUCGUCAGUUGGGGGAUAAAGUGUGCUCAUCCAAGAUUACCUGGUGUUUAUGCAUACGUGCCGAAAUACGUGUCGUGGAUCCUCAAAGAAAUUGAAGAAUUUUCGGAAAAAGAGUAUGGUUAGCAUUCUGUAAGCCAUCAGGAAAAAAACCAAAAUAGUUUCCGAUAAGCGACAAAACUCUUAGACAAUGAAUGUAGUAAAAUAAUGCAGCUUUCAAUAGUCGAUAUUUUACUACCGUCGAUCUGAAGUAUUUUUUAUAAGACGCGGAGCAGACGGCAAUGUUACAGCAAAGUUCAGCUAGGAAUUGCAAA